UGGUUCUAGAUUCAGCUCCAGAUAGGGGGACAGCACACACUAGGGGCCUCCAACCCCUCUCAGACCAAUGUCUGAACAGUGACACUUGAAGGAAGCUCGCUGGUCUAAAGGGGUCUCCGUCACCAACCCUCAGGCUAGACGCUGGUACCUAUAACCUUUUGUUGAUCUUGUGCUGAGUUUGUGUGGAGAGUGGACAUCCCAGCCCCAGGGACCCAGGAUGGAAGGGGAAGAGCUCCGUAGCUAUGCGGGAUGGGCUGUGGGGUGUGGGAGUUGGAUCCUUGUAUCUGGCUGGCUCUGGAGGAGUUCCCUGGUGUGCGGGAGGACUGGAGCAGCCCUUUCCCAGGCUAGAACUGGCACAUGCCCCAGGCUGGUGUCCAGCCAGGCUCCCUCAGCUGGAGUCCAGCCCCCUGGAGCAGGCUACCCUGCAAAGAAAGCCCAUCCAGCGCCCCCCUCAGCUCUGCAAAACCAGACUCUCCUUGGCAGUUAGGCUCAGGAAGGGGUGUGGAUUGGAGACCUACACUCAGCCUCAGCCACAUUCUUUCCCAGCGGCCCUUACUUCACAUCCUCAGUACGGCAUCGUUCUGGACGCUGGCUCUUCACAUACAUCCAUGUUUGUCUACAAGUGGCCAGCGGACAAAGAGAACGACACAGGCAUCGUGGGUCAGCACAGCUCUUGUGAUGUUCAAGGUGGGGGCAUCUCCAGCUAUGCACAUGACCCUUCUCGGGCGGGCCAGAGUCUGGUUGAAUGUCUUGAACAGGCACUUCGGGAUGUGCCCAAAGACAGACAUGCCAGCACACCGCUCUACCUGGGAGCCACAGCAGGCAUGCGCCUACUCAACCUGACCAGCCCAGAGGCCACAGCCAGGGUGCUUGAGGCAGUGACAGAGACGCUCACACAGUACCCCUUUGACUUCCGUGGUGCUCGAAUCCUCUCGGGACAGGACGAAGGGGUGUUUGGCUGGGUGACUGCCAAUUACCUGCUGGAGAACUUCAUCAAGUACGGCUGGGUGGGCCGGUGGGUCCGGCCGAGGAAGGGAACUCUGGGGGCCAUGGACCUUGGGGGUGCCUCAACACAGAUCACCUUUGAGACAACCAGCCCGUCUGAAGAUCCAGACAGUGAGGUCCAUCUGCGGCUCUAUGGCCAACACUACCGUGUCUACACCCACAGCUUCCUCUGCUAUGGCCGAGACCAGGUUCUUCAGAGGCUGCUGGCCAGUGCCCUCCAGACCCACCACCUCCACCCCUGCUGGCCAAAGGGCUACUCCACCCAAGUGCUGCUCCAGGAAGUCUACCGGUCACCAUGCACUGAGGGCCAGCGUCCUCGGACCUUCAACGGCAGUACCCUCGUCAGCGUCGCGGGCACCGGCAGUCCCGCCCUCUGCCGUGACCUGGUCUCUGGGCUCUUCUUCAACUUCUCCUCUUGCCCCUUCUCCCAGUGCUCCUUCAAUGGGGUCUUCCAGCCCCCCGUGACUGGGAACUUCAUAGCCUUUUCUGCUUUCUACUACACGGUGGACUUCCUGAGGACGGUGAUGGAGCUGCCUGUGGGAACCCUGCAGCAGCUGGAGGCAGCCACAGAGACGGUGUGCAACCAGACCUGGGCUGAGCUUCAGGCUCGAGUGCCAGGGCAGCAGGCCCGCCUGGCUGACUACUGCGCCGCAGCCAUGUUCAUACAACAGCUACUAAGCCGCGGCUAUCACUUCGAUGAGCGCUCUUUCAGCGGAGUGGUCUUCCAAAAGAAGGCCGCAGACACUGCUGUCGGCUGGGCGCUGGGCUACAUGCUGAAUUUGACGAACCUGAUUCCGGCUGACCUUCCGAGACUACGUAAGGGAACUCACUUCAGCUCCUGGGUUGCGCUCCUCCUGCUCUUUGCGGUCCUGCUCUUGGCGGCGCUGGUCCUGCUCCUGCGUCAGGUGCGCUCCGCCAAGUCGCCCGGCGCCCUCUAGGGGUGCACUGGGAGCUGCUCGCAACCCCCAGGACACCUCUGACAGAGUCAGCCUGGGGAUGACAUCUACAGCCACAGGAAGCCUUGGUAGGCCCCUGCAGGCCUCUCCAGCCCUGAGUUCUCAAGUAUUCCCCCCACCUCUCUCCCUGGGGUGUCAGGUCUCAGCCUGUGACUCAGGGUGAGGUCCGUUCAAAGAGGGACCUUUGUUCUGAUCUUCAGGGCCCUGGAACUUCCUAUGCAUAGCCUGGGCCUUUAGAAAGGCAGCCACCCGAGCCUACAGGCUAGGAGUCAGUUCAAUGCCUACUUGUAAAAAUUUUGUAAUAAAAGAUUUUUCCUAAAGCA